AUGCUCACGCAAGAUUUCGCACAGUACUGCCGCGCCGGUGUAUGGUACGUCACAUUUCUCAUGCUCGCAGUCUCGGCACUCGCGUGCGUCUACAUGGUCGCGACGCGGGGCAUCUUUGAGGGACUCAACAUGCUCGAGCUCUCGCGGGUCGGGGGCAUCGUCUGGGUCGGCCGGCCACUCCUCUUUCUUCGGUCCAUGACGGCGCUCUGCCUCCUCUCGACCGCUACGUUUGAGCUCCAGACGUCUGGCUACCGCAGCUACUUUGCGGCCGUGCCCACGCCGUGGUACAAGAUUGCGCUCGCGGCCGGCGAGGUCACGUGGCUCGUCUCGGUCGUCAACGACGUUGCGCUCAUCGUGACGAAGGAGUACUCGAUGUACUAUACAACUGCCAAUAGCAUUCUUGUGUGGCUUAUUGUUGCGACUCUCGCGGGGGCGUUUCCCGUUGAAGCCACUGUGAGCUUGCACCCCACGUGCGUUCUCGCCCAAGUUGAUUUUCAAGCGGUUUGCAAUAGCGGUACGAUUGCGAUCGGCCAGCGCGACCGACUCUUGUUGCUGUCUGGGAUCGUUGUCGGCUGCAACAUUAUUUGCUUUGGCGUCGUGCGCGUGUACAUGGAGAGGCCAAAGACCCGCGUGCGCUCGCUCUUGCUCUCGAGCGGCGCCAAAUUCCUCUUUGCGCACCACAACCGCAUCGUCCAGGACGUCUACUACCUCGACCGCGCCUCGGCCGCCCUCGCUGGCAUCAUUACCUACCGCCAAGGACGACGCAUGUUCAUGCUCGACGUCAAGCUCUGGCGGCUCUUCUCGACGCCGCUUUCGCUCGGCAACAAGUCAAAUUCGAUGCUGGAUUCGGCGCUACCGCUCUGCAAUCCAAAGUAGAAAGAUAAGGACAUACGUCG